AUGGGUCAGGCUUUUUGGCCUUCGCGGUCGCGGAUAGGGGCUCACGUUCGCGAAGCUGUAGCUUCUCGAGCCCUCAUAUUCGCGUCCUUGGGGUCGCGUUCGCCCAUCGCCGCGAAUCACACGCAUGGAAGGCACAUAUGCGUCGUAAGGGACGAAGCGUCCAGAGUAGAAUACGUCAGUGCCAUGCAAAAAUUAUCACGCCACGUAUCCUUGCCGGAAGUCGUGGUGGGAGAGGUGGAUAAGAUAAUUAGAUCAAAGCUGAGUAGGGUUGAUUUUCUUGUUGUUGAUGGUUGGACACAAGACUUUACUAGAGCUUUUAAUAGUGUUAAACUGAACCAACAUGGAGCGAUUUUGGUAUGUAAAAAUGAAAGCAAAGGGAAUAAAAUAAGUAGCACUAAGUUCAGCUGGAAAGGGGUCCUUGACGCCAAAGUACGUGCUAUAAGAGCAGUAACAGUUCCAGUUGGAAAUGGAUUAGAGAUUGCUUAUAUAGCAAGUAAUGAUAAUGGAAAUCUGAAGUCCAGAAAAAAUGCCAAACAUUGGAUUAGGCAUGUUGAUCGAGGCUCAGGCGAAGAGCAUGUGUUUCGACGAUGA